AUGCUGAUUGAAAGGAAUGCUCUUCUUGAGUUCAAAGCAGGCCUCAAAGAUCCCACCAACAGGCUAUCUUCUUGGGUGGGUGACGACUGCUGCACAUGGGAAGGCGUCGCUUGUGACAACCGGACUGGCCAUGUUGUCAAGCUUGACCUCCGCAACCCACACCCAUUCUCAGUCAUUGACGAUAACAAGUGGUGCUUGGGAGGUGAGUUGAGGCCUUCCUUACUUGGUCUGAAACACCUGAAUUACCUUGACCUGAGCAUGAACAACUUUGGAGGACUUCGCAUCCCAGAAUUCGUGGGCUCAUUCCGUCAGCUCAGAUAUCUUAACCUCUCCACGGCUGGUUUGGGUGGACUUAUCCCACCCCAGCUUGGGAAUCUAUCGAGCCUCCAAUAUCUUGAUCUCUAUAAUGAUCUUGGUCCUGUUCGUGAAUUCAUCAUUGAUAAUGCCCUCUGGAUUUCUCAUCUUUCUUCUCUGCAAUAUCUCCAUAUGGGGAAUGUGAAUUUCGGAGAAGGUGCUCACUGGCUGCAAGCACUAAACAUGCUCCCUUCUAUUGUUGAGGUACACUUUUCCCUUUGUGACAUCAAGGCCAUUCCAGUCUCUCUUCCUCAUGUGAAUUUUACUUCACUUUCUGUUCUUGAUCUUUCUAAAAAUUUCAUUAAUUCGACGAUGCCUGGUUGGUUGUUCAACAUAAGCAGCCUUGAGCACCUUGAUCUCAGCAACAAUAUUUUUCGGGUCAUCAUUCCGCCUGCAAUUAAGAAUCUAGCUUCGCUCAAUUUCCUUGAAUUAACCGGCAAUCCAUUUCUUGAAGGCAAAAUCCCGGCUGCACUUGGGGGUCUGUGUAAGCUGCAGCAUUUUGGAUUGGCAGGCAUUAAUAUCAGCAAAAAUUUGCAUGAAUUUGAUGAAGUUUUUUCUGGAUGCAUCAAAAACAGCUUAGAGACUCUGGUCAUGUCAAACAGUCAGGUUAGCGGCUAUUUGUCGGAUCAGUUGGGGGACUUCAGAAUGCUCAAAGCUCUCUAUUUGAGUGACAACUCAAUUUCUGGUCCUAUUCCUGCAUCAAUUGGAAGACUGUCAGCACUUCAAGAAUUAGAUCUUUCCAAUAAUAAACUGAAUGGGACUAUCCCAGGAAGUCUUGGAAGGCUUGCGGAGCUAGUUUUCUUAGACCUUAGCUCGAAUUUUUUGGAGGGUGUCGUGUUUGAAGAACACUUUGCCAAUUUCUCCAAAUUGAAUUAUCUAGAUUUGUCAGACAACCAAUUAAUUCUGAAUCUGACGUCUGAUUGGAUCCCCCCUUUCCAACUUCAGCUGUUAAAUAUUGGUUCUUGCAAGCUAGGACCCCAAUUCCCAGCAUGGCUCCAAACGCAAGAAAAUAUUUCCUAUCUAGACUUGUCUGGCAAUGGAAUUUCAGGCAUUCUGCCAGAUUGGUUUUCGAGGUCAUUUUCCCAGCAUAUAUAUUACUUGAAUAUCUCCAGCAAUGGAAUCACUGGUCCUUUGCCAAAUUUUUAUUCUUCUGCUAUGCACCUACUAGACCUAUCAAACAAUUCAUUUUCAGGAGUGAUUCAUCCUAAUAUUGGCAGAAGUAUGCCUAAAUUGAUAUAUCUCUCCCUUUCUGCAAAUAAUUUAAGUGGUGAAAUUCCCUUGUCUCUUUGUCAGCCCGACUUUUGGUCUCUUGAUCUUUCAAAAAACCACUUGUUGGGUGAGCUCCCUAAUUGCUGGAACUACUCUUUCAUUAUCGGUAUCAAUGUCAUGGAUUUUUCAAGCAACAGUUUAUCUGGAAGCAUACCUCCGUCAAUCUGUUCAUUACCGUAUCUUGAGUCAUUGCAUUUGAGUAACAAUAAUCUAUCAGGAGAACUCCCAUUAUCCUUGAAGAGCUGUGUGAGUUUACAUACUCUUGAUCUUGGACAGAAUGGAUUCCUUGGUCAAAUACCUACUUGGAUAGGAGAAAGUUUGUUGUCCUUGCAUAUCCUUCGCUUACGAUCAAACAAGCUUGUUGGAAAUAUUCCUCCUAAUCUAUCAAGGCUAAGUGCUCUUCAUAUUCUGGAUCUUGCUAAUAACAAUUUAUCAGGAACCAUUCCUUCAAGCUUUGGGAACUUCACUGCCAUGAAAGUGAUACAGGAGAGUCAUGCAUCCAUUUUAAGUUAUUAUAUGUACAAUGAAAAUAUGGAAGUGACCAUAAAAGGAACAGGAAUGGAGUAUAGCAUAUUCCUUUCACUUGUGAUCAUUAUGGACCUUUCAGACAAUAACUUAUCUGGAACGAUGCCAGAAGAACUGACCAGCCUUCUUGGACUACUGAGCUUAAACUUGUCUGGGAAUCAUCUGAUAGGAGAGAUCACAGAAAAAAUCAGUGCAUUGCAACAGUUGGAGUCACUUGACUUAUCAAGAAACAACCUUUAUGGUGGAAUUCCUUCAAGCAUGAUUGCGCUAACUUUUUUGAGUCACUUGAACUUAUCAUAUAAUAACUUGUCAGGAAGAGUUCCAUCAGGUAAUCAGUUUCAGACCUUCAUCGACCCAUCUAUCUAUGCUGGUAAUCCUGGUCUUUGCGGAUUCCCAUUAGCUCAAAAGUGCAAAGAUGACGAGACAAAUCAAGGUCCAAAUGUUGUUGGAGGGGAUGAAGAAGGAUCCGAAAUCGAGUGGUUGUAUAUAAGCAUGGGGCUAGGAUUUGCAGUCGGUUUAUGGGCCGUUUUUGGUCCAUUAUUAUUCAACAGAAAAUGGAGAGAAGCAUAUUUUCGAUAUAUAGAUCAAGUUUAUGAUAUGGUUUACGUGGCCCUGGCAGUGACUUUCAAUAGGUUUAAAGAGCACAAUGUUGCAGCAUGA